AGCCAUGACCCCGCUGUGUAGUGUAGAUGGAGCAGCUGCUGCAAGUGCACAGCCGAGCCGAGCAGAGCAAUCGAUCCAGUACGGCACUGCAGCACUCAGUCGGUCUCAGCAGUCUCGAUCGGCUACCCGUCGGCAGGAAGACCAAGAAGGCAAGGGAAGGGAAUGGCGGCGCGUCGUGCGGAGGAGGAGUACGACUACCUGUUCAAGGUGGUGCUCAUCGGGGACUCCGGUGUGGGCAAGUCCAACCUCCUCUCCCGCUUCACCCGCAACGACUUCUGCCUCGACUCCAAGUCCACCAUCGGCGUUGAGUUCGCAACGCGAACGCUCCAUGUUGAGGGUAAGAUCAUCAAGGCGCAAAUCUGGGACACGGCAGGCCAAGAGCGGUACCGGGCGAUCACGAGCGCCUACUACCGUGGAGCCCUUGGCGCGGUCCUGGUCUACGACGUGAGCAAGCCCACAACCUUUGAGAACAUCAGCCGGUGGCUCAAGGAGCUGCGCGACCACGCCGACUCCAACAUCAGAAUCAUGCUCGUCGGAAACAAGACCGAUCUGAAGCACCUCCGUGCCGUCGCCACAGAGGAUGCGCAGGGCUUUGCCGAGGCUGAAGGCCUGUCCUACAUCGAGACAUCCGCGCUGGAGGCCACGAACGUGGAGGAGGCGUUCCAGCUGAUUCUCGGCGACAUUUACCGGGCCAUCAGCAAGAAGUCUGUGGCGUCGGAUGAGCCUGGGGCAGGGGCUGCCGGAGGCGUCAAGGAAGGUAAGACGAUCAAUGUCGGCGACGCCCCUACCGGAAAGAAGCAAUGCUGCUCAGCUUAGAACCGGCCGAGUUCUUUCAGUGGCGUAUGUGUUGUGAUGUUUGGAGUCCAAAUCUUUGUUGAUUCAUUUUGUCAGAUAUCUACCUUGUUAGACCUGACAUCCUCUAAAGCAGUCAUAUGAUUAUAUCAUAUCAAGUCAAUUGUUUAAUUUGUAUCAAGUAUCAGCAAGCCUACCUAUUACACAUGUUUCCUUUGUUUUCUCUCUGCUU